AUGGCCAUUAAGGUGGAUCUUAAAAAGGCCUAUGACUCAGUCAGUUGGAAUUUUUUGCAUCAGAGUAUGAAGCUGUAUGGUUUUACUGAGAGAUGGUGUAAUUGGAUUAUGAACUGUGUGUCUACAGCAAGAUUUUCAGUGUUGUGUAAUGGAGUUCUAGCUGGUUUCUUCGCAUCUGGGAGGGGAUUGAGACAUGGUUGUCCUUUUUCUCCUCUUCUUUUCACUCUCAUUACAGAUUAUUUUUCUACAUUGAUGCAUGAGAAAAUUGCUUAUGGUCAAUUAAAGGUUUGUAAAAUGGUGCAGAAGUCUGGGUUUUUGGUCUCUCAUGCUUUCUAUGCAGAUGAUUUGUUCAUUAUGGUUAAGGCUAACAUUUCGACUGCUAAAGCUAUUGAUGGGGUGUUUCAGAAAUUUCAUGAAGUGUCAGGUCUGGGUAUGAAUAAGCAGAACAGUGCUGUUAUUUUUUCAAAGUCUAUGAGGAGUAAAAGGAGGUUACUUCCGGUUUUACAGGUGAAAGUGGAGUCCUUUCCUAUUAAAUAUUUGGGAAUUCCUCUAGUUAACAGAGGCUUGAGAAGUUCUGAUUGUAAGGGGAUUUUUGAUAAAGCAACUACUAGAUUGGAGCAUUGGAACACAAUUAAUCUGUCUCUUGCAGGGAGAAUAGAACUUCUUAAGAUUCUUGAUGUUGAUUUUGCAGCUAAAGCUGUUAUUUAUUGGGAUUUUGUGAAGAAUAAGGAAGCAUUGUGGGUUAAGUGGAUGCAUGCCAGGUACUUACAACAGGAAAGCUUCUGGACUAUUCAACCUAAAGUGCAAGAUUCCUCUAUUUGGAAACAAAUACUGGACUCCAGAGAGUUCAUACAAGAAAAUGCAGAAUUCAGGGUUGGAAAUGGGACAUCAUUUAACAUGCUAUUUGAUCCUUGGUGUGCAGGGUUGUCCUUAAUUCAUAGAUUUGGAGCUGAUAUUUUCAAAAAUUAUGAUAAGCAAGCUAGGCUAAAUACUUUAAUUGUUGAUGGAAGAUGGUCCUUUCCUCAAUUUUUUUCAACUUCGGCUGUUACUUUUAUAGCUAAUAUUGUUGUGAAGUCUGGACAAGAUGCUAUUGAAUGGUCUCAGGGAAGAUUUAACUUGAAGAAUGUUUGGAAAAUUUGUCGAGCUAGAGGACAGAUAGUGGGCUGGAAGGAGCUUAGUUGGAAAUUUUGUAGACCUCGAGUUGCUGUUUUGGUGGUCAUUAUUCUACAUAACAAAAACUUGUCUUGUUUUAAUUUACAGAGAAGAGGAUUUUCAGGUCCAGCUAUCUAUCAUAAUUGUUUCAAGGAGGAAGACUCUAAUGACCAUUUGUUUUGCAAGUGCUCUUAUGCUUUGGAGGUUUGGCAGCAAGUGUUAAAUAAGUUGCACAUUUCAGUGGUGAGAUUUCAAGGUAUAAAUCAGUUUGUGGAGUGGAUUUUAUUGCAGGUUCAGGUUGAUUGUCUCAGGUCCAAAAUUAUAAAAGAGAUAUUUUGUGUUUUUAUCUGGAAGAUUUGGAUGGAGCGGAAUGUUUCUUUGCAUGGAGGUUCUAAGGAGCAGGCUUCAGUUGCUACAAAUCUUGUUGUUUGGGAAGUCAUGCACUUCUUCUCAAUUGGAUUUGCUGAGUUGAUGGUUUUAUUUGAUGAUGCAUAG